AUGGCCCUGGUGGCUUGGGGCCUGGAUCCGCCCCUGCCUGUGGACGUGCUGCUUCACAGGAUGCCGGAUCUGGGCUGCGUGCCUGAUGCAUUCUCACGUAACACAGUUCUCAAGGGCUUAUGCGAUGAUAGAAGAAGUGAGAAGCCUGACAUUGUCACAUUCAACUCAUUGAUUGAUGGAUACUGCUUAGUUAGCAAGAUGCAGAAAGCAUCCAGAUUCCAGAGUAUGACAGCUAAACCGGAUACUCUUACUUAUGGGAUGGUACUGGAUGGGUUAUUUAAGGCUGGUAGAAUUGUUGGUGCAAAGAAAAUGUUCCGUGAGAUGAUCAAAAGUGGAGUGAGGUUCUCCAUUGGUACAUACAAUAUAAUUCUCGGCGGGCUUUGCAAAAAUAGUUGUGGAAAUGAAGCAAUCAUGCUGUUCGAGAAAUUGCAAGCAAUGAAUCUUAAGUUUGAUAUUGUAACUCACAUUAUAAUAAUUGAUGCAAUAUUUAAUGUUGGGAGAAUAGAGCAAGCUAAGAAUUUGUUUGCUGCAAUACCAGCCAAAGGAUUGGCGGUUGACACCGAGCCCGACGACGAUCCUUUUGUCAGAUGGGAGGAUUCUGAGCUGGAGCAGAUUCUUUCAGAUUAG